AGAGGACAGCAGGGGCGGAGAGACGUCAUGGAUGAGGAAUAUGAUGUGAUCGUCCUGGGCACUGGUCUCACGGAGUGCAUUCUGUCGGGGAUCAUGUCUGUAAACGGAAAGAAAGUUUUGCAUAUGGACAGGAACCCUUACUAUGGAGGAGAGAGUUCCUCUAUCACUCCUUUAGAGGAGCUCUAUAAACGCUUUGGACUCUCAGACAGCCCUCCAGAGUCUAUGGGGCGAGGAAGGGACUGGAACGUGGAUCUCAUCCCCAAAUUUCUCAUGGCCAAUGGUCAGCUGGUGAAGAUGCUGCUGUAUACAGAGGUAACCCGCUACCUGGACUUUAAGGUUGUUGAGGGAAGUUUUGUGUAUAAAGGAGGGAAAAUCUACAAGGUGCCUUCUACUGAGACUGAGGCCCUGGCAUCAAAUCUCAUGGGUAUGUUUGAGAAGAGAAGGUUCCGUAAGUUCUUGGUGUUCGUGGCUAACUUUGACGAGAAUGACCCGAAGACCUUUGAGGGGGUUGACCCCAAGCAGACUACCAUGAGAGAUGUCUAUAAGAAGUUUGACCUUGGGCAAGACGUCAUAGACUUUACUGGCCACGCCUUGGCACUAUACAGGACGGACGAUUAUCUUGACCAGCCCUGUCUUGAGACCAUUAACCGCAUUAAGCUGUACAGUGAGUCGUUAGCUCGCUAUGGGAAGAGCCCUUACCUGUAUCCUCUUUAUGGGCUUGGAGAAUUGCCUCAGGGAUUUGCCAGGUUAAGUGCAAUCUAUGGAGGAACAUACAUGCUGAAUAAACCAGUGGAUGAGAUUGUGUUGGAGAAUGGGCGUGUUGUGGGAGUCAAAUCCGAAGGAGAGGUUGCCCGAUGUAAGCAGCUGAUCUGUGACCCAAGCUACAUUCCAGAUCGGGUUCGAAAAGUUGGCCAGGUUAUUCGUGUCAUCUGUGUCCUCAGCCACCCAAUCAAAAACACCAAUGAUGCCAACUCCUGUCAAAUCAUCAUCCCCCAAAACCAAGUCAACCGCAACUCUGAUAUCUAUGUGUGUAUGAUCUCAUAUGCCCAUAACGUGGCUGCCCAGGGCAAGUACAUUGCCAUUGCCAGCACUACAGUGGAGACUAGUGACCCUGAGGCUGAGAUAGAGCCUGCCCUGGAGCUGCUGGAGCCCAUUGAUCAGAAGUUUGUGGCUAUCAGUGAUCUCUAUGAGCCAUCAGACGACGGCACAGAGAGUCAGAUUUUUGGCUCUAGAGCAUACGAUGCUACAACCCACUUUGAGACGACCUGCAACGACAUUAAGGACAUCUACAAGCGCAUGACAGGCACUGACUUUGACUUUGAGAACAUGAAACGCAAACAGAAUGAUGUGUUUGGGGAGGACGAACAGUGA